GAUGACUCAACUGACCAUAAGACAUUUAGUAUAAAUGAUACUAAAUUUGAAUUCAAGUAAUUCAUGUGAGACUACUCUAACAUCAUAAACUUCCUAGAACCUUGGAAUGCCUUUCUUUCCUUGAAAUGCACCUAUAUAAGGAUGUCCUGUUAGCUGUUUUGUUGCUCUAAGCAUCCCUUAGCUUCUUCUUUCCUGUGCACCUUCAAUAUCUACAUAUUUUGUCUUCAAGAGUUUGAACUGUAGGUUCUAUUUAGUUUUUAGCUCAGAAAAAAUGGAGGGGCUGAAUUCUUUUUGCUUAUUUGCUCUGUUAUGGUGGGGUUAUUUCUUGUCACAAGGAAGUGCCACUAUCGAAAAUGAUAAGCAUGCAUUGCUGGAGUUUCUGAAAAAGCUCCCACACUCGAGAGUUCUUAACUGGGAUGAGAAUCUCCCAGUCUGCAAGAACUGGACUGGAGUGAGCUGCAAUGGAGAUGGGUCAAGAGUCACAGGGUUGAGGCUGCCUGGGGUUGGGCUUCAAGGACCGAUCCCGAACAACACUCUCAACCGCUUGUCGGCAUUGCAGACCUUGAGCCUGAGAUCCAAUGGUAUCUCUGGUGGUUUCCCUCUUGAGUUCACUAGCAUGAAGAACUUGUCUUAUCUUUAUUUGCAGCACAACAAUUUCUCUGGUCCUUUACCAGUUGACUUUUCUGUUUGGAAAAACCUCACUGCUGUGGACUUGUCCAACAAUGAGUUUAAUGGCAGUAUACCAUAUUCGGUUUCUGGUUUGAAACGUCUUACUUCUUUAAACUUAGCUAACAAUUCAAUCUCAGGGGAAAUUGCUGAUUUCCAUUUGCCAAUGUUGCAGCUCUUGAAUUUGUCUUACAACCAUCUCACUGGAUCUGUCCCUAAGUCACUUCAAAGGUUUCCUGAAAGUGUGUUUGCUGGAAACUAUAAUGUUUCUUACUUUAACUUCUCCACUGUUUCUUGUUCCCCUUCAAUACGACCUUACCAAACAGCCCUUAAUAAAUCCCAGCACAAUGUUGUUAGGAAAUUGAGUGAGAAGGCUUUGCUUGGAAGUGGAGUUGCAGUGAGUGUGGUGGCGAUUCUUGGAUUCAGUCUUGUGUUGAUUGUGUGCUGUAUAAGAAGGAAAAGUGAUAGCAGGGAAAGCCGCUUCAUCAUGAAGAAAUACGAGAAGGGUCAAUGGGGGCGGGGGAGAGACGAGAAGUCAAUUUUGUCGCUUGGAAAAGAAGCAAAUAAUAGCCUGGUUUUCUUUGAGGGUUGUAACUAUGCGUACGAUUUAGAAGACCUUUUUAGAGCUUCAGCGGAGGUGCUGGGGAAGGGAACGUUUGGUAUGGCUUACAAGGCGACGUUGGAGGAGGGGACGACUGUGGUGGUAAAGAGAUUGAAAGAAGUCGAGGUCGGGAUAAAGGAAUUUCAACAUCAGAUGGAGCUUGUUGGGAGUAUAAAACAUGAGAAUGUGGUUGAGCUAAGAGCAUAUUACUAUUCCAAAGAUGAGAAGCUCAUUGUCUGUGACUAUUUUCCCCAAGGUAGCAUUGCUGCUAUGCUGCAUGGAAACAUGGGAGAAAGCCCAACAACACCGUUGGAUUGGGAAACAAGAGUGAAGAUAGCUGUAGGAUCAGCAAGAGGGAUUGCACAAAUCCAUGCAGCCAAUGGGGGGAAGCUAGCUCAUGGCAACCUGAAAUCCUCAAACGUCUUUCUAAACCUGAAUCGGUACGGUUGUGUGUCGGACACGGGCAUGUCGAGGAUAAUGGGCUCCUUAUCUCCUUCCCUUGCGCGUGCGGCGGGGUAUCGGGCCCCAGAAGUGGUUAUGGACACCAGAAAAGCAACACAGCCUUCUGAUGUCUUCAGCUUUGGUGUGUUGCUGCUUGAACUCCUCACAGGCAAGUCGCCCGUGGUCCACACGACAGCUAGUGGCGAUGACGAGGUCAUACACCUUGUGCGGUGGGUCCACUCUGUUGUUCGGGAACAGUGGACAGGCGAAGUAUUCGACAUGGAGCUCCUCAAGUUCCAGAACAUAGAGGAGGAAAUGGUUGAGAUGUUACAGAUAGCACUGUCAUGUGUUGUUAGGGUGCCCGACCAAAGGCCGAAAAUGCCGGAUGUUGUCAAGAUGGUUGAGAGUGUCCGGCUGCUGCUUGAUUAGGAUGAAAACCAGCUAGCUAGAAGGGCCAGUUACAACCUAUAUAUGAUCUGAACCCAAAUCCUAAUAGUAGCAAGCAGCUAGAUAAACCUCUUAAGAACAUCAGUAUUUCCAGUUAUACUCCGUAUUAUCUUACACUUCAAAUUUCACUAUGAUUUGGUAGUAGUUUGAAUUCAUUUGUUAAAUUUAGGUGUUGGGUCUUUUCUUGUGUUGUAUUAUAAUAGAGGGAAUUUUACUUUGGGUCAAUCAUUUAUUGUGUACUCUUUUCUUGAGUUGUAAUAUUUUUGCAAAUGUGAAUCUUUAAAUGCGUAACAUGUUAUCACUGCAGUGGCAAAU